AUGGUCACCCUGGAAGAAGCCAACCGCCUGCUGUCGAAGCCGUUCGACGACAGCAAUGAUCUGCCCGAUCGCUCCCAGUCGGCCUACCGGUCGCUACAACGGUUCCGCCUCGCGUCCGACCGCCCGUACCAGCAGCAGUUUGGCGACAUGUACUUUCUGCGGCUGGCCAAGAUCAAGCCGGCGGUCGAGAAGGUGGCGGUCGAGGCUUUUGGCGAUGUCAUCGUGGCCGGCGAGCCGCCAAAGCAGGUCGACCGCGUGCUUGAUGUGCGCCAGGGCGAGUUCUGCUGGGUUGCCGGGACGGUCUACAUGGACAUGCCGUUCAAGCCUAGCAUUUUAGAUGAUGUGUCGAAGGACAGGCUUCUAUCACUCCCACCCGAUGUCAAAAAGUAUAUACCCGAGGACGGUGACGAUGACCUGCUGGCCGAGGGCCGUGGCAGCGUCUCCGUCAUGCUGGAGGACGAGUCGGGCCGCAUCCGGCUGGUGGGCAAGGCGUUGCGUUCCGUGCUGCUGGUCACGGGCUGUAUCGCUGCUGUCAUGGGCACGGAGAACGAGAACGGCGAGCUGGAGGUGCUGGACAUUGUGUUUCCCGACCUGCCGCCCCAGCCGGCCCGCUGGGAGCUCUCGGGACCACCGACGGGCGACGAAGCCGAGAAGCAGCCGCCUACAAAGCGAGUCAAGGUCGAGGAGGAGGACGAUGAUGACGAUUUGGACAUGGACGACGACGGACACACAGACCACAAGCAGACACAGCGCAGCAGCAGCAGCAGCGGCAACAAGAUUGCCAUCGUGUCGGGCCUGCGUUUUUCGGGACCCCAUGGUGCAGCUGCGGUCGAGACAGCCCUGCUGCUAGAGUAUCUCCUAGGCGAGGCGUUGUCACCAGCAUCACAGCGUGCGGCUGCACGCAUUAGCCGGUUGAUCGUGGCGGGCAACUCGAUCGUGGCGGCGCCAGUGGCAGCAGCGGCCGGCGAGCGGCAGCCGACGAAAAAGUACGGCUACGACAGCAGCACCUACGACCCAGUGCCGAGCGCGAUGUUGGACGAGUUUCUGGCCCAGCUGCUGCCAUCGAUGCCGGUAACACUGAUGCCCGGUCCCGACGACCCGUCCAACGCGAGCAUCCCGCAGCAGCCCGUGCACGCGGCCAUGUUUCCGCAGGCGCGUGCCUUUUCGACCGCCAACGAGACGGCGGCCGAACCGGGCUCGCUGGAUGCGGUGACGAACCCGUGGGAGGGCGAGGUGGCCGGCUGGCGCAUCCUCGGGACCAGCGGCCAGACCCUGGACGACAUGCAGCGAUACGUGCAGAGCAGCGACCGGCUGGGCAUGAUGGAGGCCACGUGCCGGUGGCGCUGCUGUGCACCGACAGCUCCAGACACGUUGUGGAGCUAUCCGUUCCAGGAGGACGAUCCGUUUGUCAUGGACGCCUGCCCACACGUGUACUUUGCGGGCUCGCAGCCCGAGUUUGGUACGCGGCUGAUCUCAGGUCCUGAUGGCCAGGAGGUGCGGCUCGUGGCUGUGCCGUCCUUUAGCGAGUCGCCUGAGAUUGCGCUAGUGGACACGGACACGCUGGAGGUCACGCGGGUCAAGAUUGGACGGUCAGAAUAG